UACAAAAGGGCAGCCUUUCUUUCAGCAGGUCCUCCAUCUGGAAGAUCUCCUACAUGAUUGAAAUGAAGGGCUACCUUUGCCUAAUUGCCUCCCUCCUUCUCUCAGGGGUGUGUGCAACCCCUGUAAGCAAGGACGAACAUUCUGCAGAACACCACGACCAUCUCCACCACGACAAUGACCAGCCUCAUGUCCACAAUGAGGCACAUGAGGCAGCUGUACAGCUGCUUUCCCCACACAAUGCUAACUUUGCCUUUGCCCUCUACAGGCAUCUAAGCACCCAUAAAAAUGAUUCCAAGCCUGAAAAUGUGUUCUUCUCCCCACUGGGUAUCUCCAGUGCCCUGUCCAUGUUGGCCGUAGGCGCCAAGGGCAUCACCCAUGAGGAGCUGUUCCAUACCCUCGGCUACUGCGAUCUCACUCAGGCCAAGGUCAACGAAGCCUUCGAGCACGUGUUUCACUCACUGGGCCACAGCCAAGGGGAGCUGCAGCUGGAUUUCGGAAAUGCAGCCGUCGUGCAGGAAAACUUCAAGCCUCUAGCCAAGUUCUUGGAAGACCUCAAGCACUAUUAUCAUUCUGAGGGCUUCACCGUCGACUUCACCAACUCAGAAGAGGCAGCUAAGGUGAUUAACGAUUUCAUCGCAAAGAAGACCGAUAACAAGAUUACCGAUAUGGUGAAGAAAUUGGAUGAGGACACAGUUAUGAUGCUCAUCAACUACAUCUUCUUCCGAGGAAAAUGGGAAAAACCCUUUGACCCAGAAUACACCAAAAAAGCUGACUUCCAUGUAGAUGAGAACACCACGGUUUCUGUUGACAUGAUGAAGAAGUCGGGACGUUUUAGCUACUUUUACGACAAUGAUAACAAGACUGCAGUGGUGGUGCUUCCUUAUCAAGGCAAAGCCUCCAUGAUGAUCGUUCUGCCCAACGAAGGCAAAAUGAAGGAGCUGGAAGAAACCAUCAGCAAAGAUGACAUUAGACGGUGGCACAACUCUUUGUUUAAGAACUCCUUGGACCUCUACCUGCCGAAGUUCUCUGCUUCUGCGACUUACAGCUUGUCCAGCAUCUUUAAAGGGAUGGGACUGCGCACCGUUUUCUCUCACUCUGCCGACCUUUCCGGGAUCUCAGAGGAGGUCGGUCUGAAGGUGUCUGAGAUUUCCCACAAAGCGAUCCUCAGUGUGGAUGAGAAAGGCACAGAAGCUGCUGCCGUCACCACCGUGGAAAUCAUGCCCAUGUCUUUGCCUUGGCCCAUGAAGUUUGACCGACCCUUCCUGCUGUUCAUCCUGGAGGAAUCUACAAAGAGCAUUCUGUUCAUGGGGAAGAUCACAGACCCUACAGCCCAGUGAUAGGUUGUACUUUAUCAAAUGAAGUUUCUACAGGAUACCUUCUUAGCAUCGCAUUAAAGUUUUGCAAAAAAAAAAACUCAUCCUCACAAAACCCUUCAUCCUGGCCAAAAUCCUCUCUGGAAACACUACUUUGGAGCAAUGAAAAUUGAAUACAGAAAUGUUUUAUUAUUUAAUUUGUUUUCAUUCAUACCUGAUCAGGUCCUUUUUGUUAUAAUUUUUUUUUUUUUAGGUUUUUGUAAAUUGUUAACCGUUGUCCCUUAAAUGAUGCCAUAUUAUGCAAUAAA